UUCUCAUAAUCAUCCUUUUAUUCAAUUUUCGCCGAUCUAAUUACUCUUCUUUGACAAAGUUGUUUUUUUUUUUAAAAAAAAUUGGGCUUAUAUUUUCGGUGGAAUUCAAUUCCUUUCAUUUGGUUUCUCCUUUUUCUGGCUUACUUUUUUAAAAUCUUAUUCACACUUCCACUGGAAUGUUCCUCUGAACCUCUGUUUUGUAAUUUUGACAAGUUUUUAUUCUUGUUUAGAAUGGUGGGGAUAUGGGUAUCUUUAGUGUCAUCUCCGGUUCUUGGUACAUGACCUACCUUCAAACUGAAAUUUGAUGCUUUGUACUGAUUCAUUUGGAAGUGAGACUCCAAACAUAUAACCACUUUUUCCCUGUUUCUUUUAACUUGGAUCAUAGUAAUUCAAAUGUUUUUCUCUGGUCUUUUAUGUAGACCUCAAAUCAAUAGUCGGUUGUCUUUCUGACGGUUGGUGGGUGGUCAUUAUUUUGUACUGAUGAGGGCAACUUGUUUAUGAUGACCAAUAUAUUAUGCUGAUAUUACAAUUUUCGAGAAGAUUGUCGUUUUCCCUCAGCUGAUUAUCGGUUCUGUUAGUAGUCAUGUUGAAUUUACUUUAGUAUUCAGAUGCUACCUUAUCUUUUUUGUGAUUUUCUUGAUCAUUAAUUUAUAGAUGAGCAGUUUCAACUCUGCCGAUAGUUCAUGUGUUUAUUGCUUACCAGUUUUGGAUUCAUAUAGCCAACUUCAACUUGUUUGGGAUUGAGGCGUAGUUGUUGUACACCAGGGACAGGAAAUUGUGUUAUGGGUUGGUUAGAAAAGAUAUUUGGAGGUUCCACACACAGGAUCUCCGGUGGACAAUACCAUAGUGGGUAUGAGGGUGCGCAAUAUCAUGGGGGCUACGAUGGAGGGCAAUAUCAUUCGGGGCAUGAAGGAGAACAAUAUCAUGGAGGGUAUCAGGACAGUACUACUUGGGACGGACCAACUACAUCAGUGGAUGAAUCGUCAGAUUUUGAUAAAGAAGAAAUUGAUCGUGCCAUUGCACUUUCUCUAGCAGAAGAGGAUCAGAAGGGGAAAAAAGUAAUUGAGAGUGAACCCCAUUUGGAGGAAGACGAGGCUCUCGCCAAGGCCCUUCAGGAAAGUUUGAAUGUGGAGUCGUCUCCACCACCACCACCACCUCGAUAUGAUUAUGGAAGUCCCUUUCCCUCACUCUCAUACUCGUUUCCGUAUGGGUAUAGGGUCUGUGCCGGUUGCAAUGCUGAAAUUGGACAUGGAAGAUAUUUAAGUUGCAUGGGAGCUGUUUGGCAUCCAGAAUGUUUCCGUUGCCAUGGUUGCAAUCAACCAAUUUCCGACUAUGAGUUUUCAAUGUCAGAUAACCGUCCAUACCAUAAAUCAUGCUACAAGGAACAGCAUCACCCAAAAUGUGAUGUAUGCAAGAGCUUUAUUCCAACAAAUCCGGCUGGUCUAAUUGAAUAUAGGGCUCAUCCUUUCUGGCUUCAGAAGUAUUGCCCAUCACAUGAAACUGAUGGGACGCCUCGUUGUUGCAGUUGUGAGAGAAUGGAGCCCGUAGAUGCCAGAUAUCUGAUACUUGAAGAUGGUAGGAAGCUGUGUCUAGAGUGCUUGGACUCUUCAAUAAUGGACACUCAUGAAUGUCAACCCCUUUAUCUUGAGAUACAAGAAUUUUAUGAAGGUUUAAAUAUGAAAGUAGAGCAGCAAAUUCCUUUGCUUCUAGUUGAAAGACAAGCAUUAAAUGAAGCAAUGGAAGGAGAAAAGAACGGUCAUCAUCACAUGCCUGAGACUCGAGGACUCUGCCUGUCCGAGGAACAGACCAUUAGCAGUAUUUCAAGGAGACCACGGAUUGGUGGUUAUCGGAUUUUAGAUAUGUUUACAGAGCCUUACAGGUUAAUUCGACACUGUGAAGUGACAGCUAUUCUAAUUUUGUAUGGUCUUCCUAGGUUAUUGACUGGUUCAAUUCUGGCUCAUGAAAUGAUGCAUGCAUGGUUGCGGCUUAAAGGUUAUCCGAGUUUAAGUCCAGAAGUGGAAGAAGGUAUCUGCCAAGUUUUAGCUCACAUGUGGUUGGACUCGGAAAUUAUAGCUGGUUCUGGCAGUACUUCAACUUCUGCAUCUACCUCUGCAUCCUCAUCAUCAUCUUCAUCACCAUCUACUUCAUCAAAGAAAGGGAAGCGCUCCGACUUUGAGAAGAAACUGGGUGAUUUUUUUAAGCACCAAAUUGAAUCAGAUACAUCAGCAGCUUAUGGGGAUGGAUUCAGAGAAGGUAACAAGGCAGUGCUCAAGUAUGGCCUUAAGACGACACUUGAUCACAUCCGGCUUACAGGAACCUACCCGUGUUAAAAUUUUCAGUCAUUCCGAGUGUUUCCACUUCCACGCGGAUGUUGUAACAAACCUUCUAUACUAGUUUUGUAGGACCACAUAGCACAUACAAUUAUAAUCAUUACACAAUAAUUAAAAGAUAAAGAGUAAAUGCAGCAAUAAGA